AGGACUUUUUGAGGUGGCGUUUGUUCAAAUUGCCAUUUUCUUCGUGGCAUUGUAAAUUUACCCUUUUUAGCUUCGUACAAAGACGUAUUUACCCUUUGACAUGUGCGACAAAAAAAAAAUAAAUCGGCAACUAAUCUAAGUAAUAAAAUAUUAUAUUAUAUCAUCGUUCGCAUCCAGGACACAAAAUCAUUGACGUUUCCAAUCGCACGCAUCAGCUUUAUUUGAACUGUGAUACUGUUCUCUUUCUUACCCUGCACUCGUCUCUGUCUUUCUGCGGCGAUUACAAAGCCAAUUGAUUACAGUUUCCUCGCAUCUAAAUUUUGAGAUCUACAAAAGGAAGAGAAGUUCUAGCACCGUUGGAGAAAGAGUAUAUUAAUGGCAUCUACCAGUCCGGAAUCGGGUCCGUCCGCUCCUACUGGGUCGCUGCCUCAUCCGAUAUUUGCCCAGAAUUGUUACCCUAGCCAUGCAGUUCGCAUCAACGCUUAUUCCAAACCUAAGUACCUUAUAGAUAUUUUGCAAAUUUUAGAAGGCAUGCCUGAGUUGGAUAGAUUGCUUGCCUCGCCUUGAGGUUCUCUAUUCUCUCUUCCUGUCCGCCACUGUUCUCUAUCUGGCCAACUUGUUCACCAGAUGCUCUGUCGGCAACUCAAUACAACAAAUUCAGAUGAAAUGUGGUUUGUUUUCGGUGGCCAUCCAUUGCGCUUUUCACUCGUAGAAUUUCAUCAACUAACUGGGUUGGCCUGUGGGCCUUUCCCUCCGGCAUCAGAGAUAAUUGCUGCAACAACUCAUUCUGCCGGUCAUUCCCCAUUCUGGUACAAGCUAAUAGGUGACACCCCAGGAUGUGUUACUAUAAAGGAACUUGUAUCAAGGUUAAAGCGUGAGCCCCAAAUGCCUUUGUGGCGUAAAUUCAGAAUUUGUCUAGUUGUCCUUGUUGAAGGUGUUAUACUCUGUCGUAGUCAGCCAGUUAGACCAUCAGUUGAAGUUGUUGAGAUGGUUAAGAAUGUAGAAUUUUUCCUAAAGUAUCCGUGGGGCCGUCACUCAUUUCAACGAAUCCUUCGCACGGUACGGGUUGGCAGCUACAUCAGUGAUACACAGUCUCUUAUCUCAAAGCUCCGACAGUCGUCUUUGGCUGUCCACGGUUUCCCUCUUGCCAUUUAGCUGUUAGCUUUUAAGCAUAUUCCUCUGUUGCUUCGGCUUCUUCCUAAUGGAGAUGAACUGCAUACAUUUCUGAGCAGAACUGUUAUUCGCCUUCGUAAAUGCAAGUCGUUCCAUGUCUCAAACAUUCUGGCUGUAGAAUACGACCCUAAGCUUCUCGUUAUGUAUCCGGAGCUCCCUGAUCCAGCAUUUCAUGUGACUCCUCAUAGUGAUCCCCAGAGCAGUUAUUUGGAAAGUCUCAUUUCAUCUGGGUAUCCCUUCAGCCAUAUGUGUUGGUCUGGGGGUGAUGCAUCCCUGCCUCCACUUAUUUCAUGCCGCAAACGCAAAGCUGUUGUCAUUGCUUCUGAAAGUUCAACGUCUGGUCCAGAGGAAGUUAUUUCUCGCAAGUCAAGGUCGAUGAACAGCAGACCCAACACAUACCGUUGUUGUGUUGAUAAACGUGUUAAUAAACAACUUCGUCUGAUUAAAGAGUCGAUCCUUGUUGAAAUGUAUCAGCUACUCCAGACAAACAUACAUGCCCCUGCUGCUUGUAACUUACAAGUUAGACCCAGGAGGACUAACCUUUCCACAGUGUCUGGCUUUUCUGUGGAAGCGUCGUCCGAUCGUUCGACCAGCGAUACAAGUUCAAACCAGAUACCCAAUGAAGCUUCUGCUGAAACUGUUGCCAUCAGCGUAGGAAGUGAUGAUCGGAUUUCUAGUCCAAGGUCUACAGCCUCCAAGUUCCCACGUGCAUCUUCUUCUAACUAUAAUGGCAGCGGUUCACCUGAUUCUCUUUCUACUACGCUCUGCUUAGCUCCUGACGUCGACAGUCUUCUGCCAAUUAACUCAGUUGAUGGCAGUAACUCUAUGAAGGGCAAAUGCACCCAGAAAAUAUCACGAAGGAUUUCUUUCCUUCAUGAGGCAACUGCAGCCACAGCUCCUGCUACACCACUUUCAUCUCAACAGACUCCAUGCACUGGUACAAACAAUCGUCCCAAUUUGUUAGGUCUCGGUUCGGUUUGUCAAUCGUCGAAAGCUUCUCUGACUAAUAGGGUAUGCUUCUCUAUGUUUCAUUGUUUCUAACAUAUACUGCUUUCUACUCCACAGUCUUCCAGUCCAAAGCGUAGCAACUUUGUAGACUGCUUUACUCGCCCUUCAGCUGCUAUGGACCGACUGCAGUUCACUCCCACUGUCGCAAAUGCCACUUCCGAGUCGCCAGUUCCUGUUUCUGGCAUCGAGAAUCCUUCAAUAUGCGGUUGCAACUUAUGAGGCAUUUACUGUACUGACUCAUGUUCCUCUAUCAUUCUUGCUCUUUCUUUUCCGGAUGUGGAAGAACAUGUUUUUCUUACAACAUUUUUACGUUUUUCCAUUUGUUGUUCCCUUACUUGUUGCUUUACCUUAUUAUCUUUAUAAUAAUAUUAGCUACUCCUAAUUCAUUCA